GAAGGAGGAGAAGGAGGAGAAGCAGGAGGGAAAGAACAGGGUGCCGGCAGUGAUGGGAGGCGGCGCGGUAGUCGCCCCACUUCGGGGCUCCUUUCGUGACGUUUCCUCCCACGCUGGCCAGCCAGCGAACGAACCUAACUUACAGCCCUUUCAGAGCCAGCGCCCAGCAGCAGCAGCAGCAGCAGCAGCAACCGUGUCAUCCGAUGGAUCACCGAAAGCAUCGGCGAAGGGUUCGCCGAAGCCGUCGAAGCCGGCGAAAUCGACACCGACGGCGACGACGAAGAAGAGUACGACAACGACGACGACGAUGACGAAGACGACGAAGAGUGCUCCUGUAGCAGCGGUAGCAGCUCCUGCAGCGAGCUCGCCGCCAUCGAUCGUAAGUCGUUCUCCAGCGGCCACGGCACCGACACCGAUGGUUUCUAUGAGCCAGCAGCAGCAGCUGCAGCAGCAGCAGCUGAAGCAGCAGCAGAAGCAGCAGAACCAGUUGCCGCAGCAGCAGCAGCAGGUUAUUGGCCCGAAACAGACGAACACGAAGACGGUGGUGUCCGCUACCGGUACUCCGACUGGAACACCGAUCCCGUCCCGGAAAGUUAUCUCUAGCGUGCAAAUCUCUCUCCAGCACGUGGAGGCACCCACCAAUGCCACCAGUAACAGUAGUAACAAGCAGAAACAAAACAUUUCAUCACCAUCACCAGCAUCAGCACAGAAGCCAAGUGCUGAAACUAAGCAACAGCAAACAGCAACAGUAACCGCCGCCCCUAAGUCCGCGUUCGCUGUCGUUGGUAAAGAUCCACUGGCGCAGCGAUCGAUUUCAAUGCUCGAGCUGCACCGUACCACCGCCCAAGAGAAGCUCGUAGGAGGGAAGAUGUUGCUGCAGCACGCAAACAGUGGUAACGCAUCGGUAGCAAGCGCCCUAGCCUCACCGGCGCUCAGCAGAAAGCAGAAGCAACCCCUCCAGUCCCACAACACGCCACCGUUAUCCGCACAGCCUGCCGCUGUGGUCGAGCUAAAGGCGCCUGCUCCGGCACCGGUAGUACCGGCGGUAUCUUCUCGCGCCCGUACGCUCUCCUCGGAUGAGCAGUGCUUCGAGCAGUUGCGCAAAAAACACGAAGCCAUCUUUGCGCAGGCGAAACCGGCUGACCGUAGCGAGGCCGAUGCCGUAGCGACGGUGCCACCAACCAUCACCAGUCCGCGGACGCUUGCCGAAGUCCGUAGCUCACUGCUUGUCAACCGAACAGCAUCGCAGGAGCACACGGCGACGGCCACCGUGCCCACGAGCGUGAAGAGCAGCAGCGACAUCGCUCCGCAGUACCGCGAGGGCAUCAAUCAGCUAGUGAUGGAGCUGAUGCCGGGAAUGGAUGAACGGCUGCUGGACGACGAGGUACCGGUACCGAGGCAACGGCAGCGCAGUUCGUUCGAGCGCGAGCGAAUCAAGCUGCAGCGUAGCCAGAGUGCCGCCGCCGAGUCCAGUCGUGGCCAGUACCGUAUGGAGGUGGUACGGGAGAGUGCACCGGGUAAGCGAGCAAGUAGCGGGGUGGAAUCGCGACUCGGUAGCGAGGAAAAGAUGCAGAUCCGGCUUGAGCGUUCGGUGCAGAUCAAGGAGCAGUACGCGAAGCAGGCCACAGGCGUCGCGCUGCAGUCUGCACCUCCUCCAGCAGCACCACCACAAACGACGACUAGAAUGCCGCGUACGUAUGUGUUAAACAACGUGCCGGAGGAUGUGGACCGGCAGCAAGGUAUACUGACGCGCGAUCGAUCCGAGCGGUCCACCGGCGAGGUGACAGACUUUGAUGCCCUGCUGCUCGAGCAGCAGGAAGACGAAUCGUCGUCGGUAGCAGCGAGCAAAGAGUUUGAUCUGCUGCUGGCCGCUACUGAGGAGGAGCAGGAGAAGGAGAAGGAACCGAAGCUAACGGAACCAGCUGCGCAGCCGCAGCUGUCGGGCAAAGAGUUUGACAAGACGGUCAGCGAACUGACGGAAAAGUUCCUCCAGACAAAGAAGAUGGCAGCGCCGGCCAGGAAGCCCGAGGUCGGGAAAACUUUGACUGCGCUUGACGAUGCCAUCGAACCGUCGUCCCAGACGGAGGUGGAUCUACUGGAGGAACUCUGUAAGCCACCGGAAGCCGACACGGCGAAGGAAAAGCUGGACAGUUCGGAUCUGAUCAACAGCUCAGCGAUUGCCGAAUUGGCCCCACCGAUGCCCGAUGUCAUUUCCAUGACUGAACAGAAACAGCAGCAGCAGCAGCAGCAGGACGAGAAGAAGAACAAGAGCAAGAGCCCGAACCAGCUGGACGAUACGUCCACACUGAAGAUUCUGCAGUGUAUGCCGACGCUCAAGAACAGCAUGGCUGUGCCAAUGCCGGCGCCGAUCCAGGUGUACACACUGCACACUACGGACGGCAGUCCGGUGGAACCGGCACCAUCCACCCAGGGCAUGUCCGGUAAUUACGCGCACAUCCUGCGCGACAUCACCUCCGGUCUGGUCGGGGCGGACUUUGCCGGAUCGGUCGUGUACGAACCACCGUCGGUUACCGUCGUACCCGAGCGCACCGACUUUCAGCUCUACAAGCAGCGACUGGAAGAGAAGAAGGCGCGUGCCCGUGAGUCGGCACCGGAGGCACCGGGCACGGGCACCGAGCACGGGCAACCGCAACGACCGCUUCGGCGCCCGAAACAGAAAUCCGGGGACAGCGACGGGACGAGCGGUGCGGCCACCGCGUUCGACAACUCGAUCUGCAUCGAUCCGUGGCGUGCCCGGAAGUCGGCCAGCAUCGAGAACAUCGCGAUCGAGCAGGUGUUUGUGAAGCGCAACAACGACGUCGUGGACACGUUCUUCGUGGUGCCGGACAAACCCGAACCUGGCCGGGCGUGUUUGCUGCGCCGCUCGAAAUCGUACGAUCGGUUGGCGGUGCCCGGCCCACGAACAGCUCGUAGCAAGCGUAGCGCCGAGCUCGAGGCCGAUCACCGAGCGCGGGAGUUUGGGUACGAUCUGGACCCACCGUCACUCCGCUCGCGGCAGCUGGUGGAUCCGCGGUUGCGCCACCUCGACAUCGAAGGCUCGGACGAGGAGCUGGCCAGUCUGCGGGGUGCCAGUACGUCCCGGCACCGCUUCCGCAAGAACAAAUCGAUGUCGGAUGUGCGACGCAGGGAGACAGGGGCGGCGGAACCGGUUCCACCGAAGGUUGACAUCGACCGGGAGUCGCCGCGACCGCGUACGACCGACUUCUCCAAGUGGGAAGCCAUUCUCGACCGGGGUGUCACGUAUUACGAGGGUUCCGCGGCGAAACCCUUGCGCUCGUCGGACAUCAAGGGGCUGGAGCGGCGUAUCGAGGAGCUGGAGGUGCGGAAGGCACGCCCGGCACGCCGCAAGGCUGCCAUCCCGCGCGACUACGAUCCGGAUGAGUACGUGCCGCGUAUCAACCGGCGGGCCGGUGUACUGGACGCGUACGGUGCUCUAGCCGAUCCGACGUUACCGCGUGACUACGAUCCGGAUGAGUACGUGCCGAGACCGAACCGGCCGGGGCUGGUAGCAGCGCCCGUACAACCGCUACCCCGGUCCUACGAUCCCGACGAGUACAUACCGCGGGCGAACCGGCGUGAACCGGCAAGCCACGAGAUUCCGGUACCGAUCCAGCGUGGUCCCGCCAAGUACCUGAGACCGGAGCCGGCACCGGUGUAUCCGGAGGAUAGCGCCGGCCCGUACGGUGUCGCACCGGGACCACCGCCAGCAUCGUUGGGACGCUCGAAAACGAUGGCCCACGUGCCGGUGACAAGCAGCAGCGGUGCAGCGGCGAGCAUGCGAAGCUACGAUCUUCCGGCCCGGGACAUAGCCCGUACGCAGUACGCGAGGCGGUAUGAUGCCGAGGACCGACACAUUGUGGACCGCAGUCACCGGUUGCACGAGAAAACCAACAAGUACAUCCGUUCGCAGGUUACGCGCAACGAUCCGAAUCCCUACAUUCGCGAGAUGCUCGAGAACGAGUCAGACGAUGAGAUACCGACGUACCAUCAGCAUCAGCAUCAUCAUCAUCACCAUCCGAUCAGUAGUUCGGCCGCCAUCACCACCGCUGGCUACCGAGGAGGGCUCGGUACUUCUUCGAGCUACGGGACAUCGGGUGCGGCUGCGAUGAGCCGCAUACAGACCAAGGCGAUCACGCAACCGUCGCGCAUGAUGCACUAUGCCGGUGGUUCCUCCGGUGGUUCUGGUGCUGGCCCACGGCCCUCGUCCUCCUACGAUUCGCGUCGGCGCACUGGUGCAUCGGAUGCUGGCCGAUCCGGGCGCGACAACUGCAACAUCUCCUAGAGAUGUUGCUUGUUUGUGUUUCGUAUCGUACGAAAAACACAGCACACACAUUGCACACAGAUACACACUCAAACAAAUCAACAGUGCGUGCGCUCUCUGCUCUUUCUCUCCUUCGUUCCCUCGCUCUCUCUCUCUCUCUCUCUCCCGCUCGCUCUCUAUCUAUCUGUGUGUCUCUUUGUUUAUGCUGUGUGCGGUCUGCGAGCGUUUUUUUUCGGUCUAGUAGUGUUAUUCAAACCAAACGGCAACAACAGCAGCAGCAGCAACAACAACAACUUGGAGGAUGGUACUCAACUUCUAGCCGAAGUUUUUUUUUAUCUCCAUACAUCCUACAACUACGCACAUAACAAACCACCGCAACCACGCGUCCGAAUGUCCUUUUCACUACUCGGUGCUGCAACAAUCGAAACUCGAACAAAAUAAACACCAAUCCAUGCGCCACCAGCGCCUCCGUGCCACAUCUCAUUUUGUUGCCAACACAUAGCAUCUCUCGCCCUCCACCAUUUCAUCCACCUCUAUGCGCCUUUCACGCCGGUCUACCGUCGCACUACUACUGCUCCACAAAAAACUUCCACGUACUCCGUACUGUCUGGGCUUCGACGGUUUCGCUCACUUUGACGCACCCGGGGUCAGCGGGAGUUGCGGUGCCGGUGGGAACAAGGCAUGGUGCAGUCGUCGGGCAGCGCCGGGCCGCGAGCAAACCAAACAUCCUUUUCCAUCCUGUGCUUCUGCCGGCCAUCACAUCACAGUGCCCAUCAUCCUCGGUCCACUCGGCACCACCAUCCCCACCGCCACCCCAAACAACCCUAGCAACCCCAUCUCGGCCAGCCUCCUCUUCGCCUCCCUCGUCUCACUAAGAAAGCGUGGUGGGACAAGAGAAAGACAAAUGAAAUAGAGAGUAGCCCAGUG